AUGGGGGAGACCUCCCCCUUGCGCAAGGCUGACAUCCUCCGCACCCUUCUUGACGACGACAACGAGUCCGAUGCCCUCCAGAGGGGGGAGCCGCCUGCGAUCCCGACGAGGGAUCUUCAGGGCGCCGACCCCCUCCUGGUGGCUGGGCCCCUGGAGCUAGUCUCUGGCUGGCUCCAUUCUAACGUGUCCGUUCGGGCGACGCUGAGCCAGGCCACGGCGACCUCCGAGAAGGAGAAGCAGGCCACCGCCCAAGCAGCAGCUGCUCGCGAGGCGGCACUGAAGGACGUCGAGGCCGCCCAGGAUCGCUGCCGGGCGCUGGAGGCCGAGCUGAAGACCCUGCACAACGAGCGUGCAGAAGAAGCCCGUAGCCGCAAGGCAGAUGAGGAGAAGAUGAAGGCCCAGGAGGACGCCAUCAAGGGUCACGACACCGAGCUGGAGCAAUCGGUGAAGGCGCAGGCCGCUGAGCGCGGCCGGCUAGAGGAGUUGGAGUGGAAGGUGAAGGCGGAGAAGGCCGAACUUGACGCCAAGGCGAAGGUUCUGGUCGAGGACCGUGCGGCCUUCGCACUCCUCGAGGAGAGGUCUCACGUGGCACUGAAGUAA